AGGAGGCUGUGGUGAAACAAAAAAGUUAUUUGUGGAAGCUAGGGUGGAAAUAUAAAUACCUGGUGUGAUGUGUGAUGCCUCCCACUGUUGUAUUAAGUGACGCAAAAAAGUUGUAGGCGCUCAGCAGUGGAGUCAGUUAGUACACCCUAACCUUAAUGCGCGUUUGUUUGUUGUGCAAAAAUUGAAGGCGGGAACGACAACAACGCCGCUCCAUGCAGCAAACCUUGGCAGUCAUACAUCAGCUGCAUCGAGAUUCAAGCCAUUGAUCGAGCGGGUAACCACGGAGGUUUCAACUAACUACCCGAGUGACACAUUUUCGUGGCCAAAAUAUCGUGCUAUGGAAGCGUCGGUGGCGAACACUGUGGCCAGCUACCGCGAAGACCGUGCCCCCUCGACGUCGGAAGACGACUCCGAUGAUGAGACGUCAUGGAAACGACAGGCAACUGACAAGGCCAGGAAUGCCGUGUCCAAGGCCGGGUACGAUUUUUCCAAACGUGCCGCUUUAGCUGAUGUACAGCAACAACAGUCGCUGCCGUUCAAGAAGAAAAAGGUAAACAAUGUAUGGGGUGCGGUAAUCAAUGAGCAGCUGCUCAUGGAAGACCUGGGUCAAGUCUCUGUGGAGUCGUCUCGGAUGGUCAACUGGAAAAACGAUCGGCAUUGUGAGAGCUACGACUUCACUCGAAAGCACCUUGACACACGGCCAGAUCCCGUUGAGCCAGAUGACCUAUUUGAUAAGGACGGCGUCACUGCACACGACGUUGUUGACAUUCAAGACCUUGGUCCUCGCGGCCAGAAGCGAUCAGUCAAGGACCGGCUGGGAGAGCGUGCCUGCACCCGGCCCUCGAGGUCACGGAGUCCUAAGAUUCGUGGAGCUGGAAGGCCUCGGCGAUCGAAGUCGAACAGCUCCAAGUCAAGCACAUCCGAAGAGGAUGAUGAAUCAGAAGCUGCAGUAGCGGCAGACAUAGUAGCACGACUAGAAGAGACCAAUGUGGAGCUUGUGGAACGGGUUGUACAAGUUCUUGGUGUUGCCCGGUCUCGCAAGCUGCUGUGCAUGACAGAAGAUGUUGAAGCGACAGGAGGUCUGCUGAUAAGGGACAAGAGUCGCCGGCGGACGCCUGGCGGUGUAUUCUUUUUUUUGGUCAAAGCCAAUACAACAAAAAAAGAAGCGGACAUGGUCUUUGGUGAGGAGAUUCGUCGACGAGAGCAAAUGCGCAGAAAGUAUCGGAGAGAACAGACUCGUAGGAUCAGAGAGGAGCAUGUUGCUCGAGCAGCGGCAGCGGCUCCCGUGAACGAAGAGACUGGGCAGGGUAAAGAUGCCGAGGAGCCUGAACUGCAGCUGCGAGUAGCCGGAAAGUUGGAAGAACCUGACAGAUCGCCGCAAGCAGCCGACAGCGGUUGCGUCGAGGUCGUUAUGACAACCGUCGACGACGAGGACUUGGAGGAUGGAGAAAUCGUAGACUAAAGGUUGAACAAGUUUAAUGGACACAAUAAAAGACAGUGACAAAAAAAAGUAAAGGAACAGUGAGGGGCGGAGCAGCCGA